AUGGUCUACGACGCAGCAGCAUGUGCCCUCGACGCGAGAAGCACCGCCUGUAUCGACUCGGGCGACACCGCGUACCUCUUGGUCUGCACCGCGCUGGUGUGGUUCAUGACGCCCGGGCUGGCGUUCUUCUACGGAGGUCUGGUGCGUGAGAAGAACUUCUUGAACACCCUCUACAUGAACAUUGCCGCGAUCGGCAUUAUCACAAUUCAGUUCGUGUGGUUCGGCUACUCGUUCGCCUUCAGCUGGUACUCCAAGGGCUUCGGUGACGGUGCCUGGGUCGGUCUCCGGGACCUCGGACACGGCCCGAACCCGGACUAUGCCACAACCAUCCCCCACGGCAUUUACUCCUUUUACCAGCUCACGUUCGCCAUCGUGACACCGGCCAUCAUCUCUGGCGCCGUGGUGGAGCGGAUAUCGUUCCGUGCCUGGAUAGUCUUUAUCUUCCUCUGGGCCACUCUUGUCUACGAUCCUGUUGCGCACUGGGUGUGGUCGGCCAAGACCACGUCCUCGGGCCUCGAGCUGGGCUUCCUGCGCGACCUCGGUGCGCUCGACUUUGCCGGCGGUACCGUGGUGCACAUGGCCUCCGGCUUCUCGGCCCUCACGGCCUGCAUCCUUUGCGGCCCUCGCCGUAACGUCGACCUCAGGUCGCCGCCCGACGGUCACAAUGUGCCCAUGUUCGUGCUCGGCACGGUCAUCCUCUGGUUCGUCGACUUCCACCACGCAUCGAUCGGUUGGUUCGGCUUCAACGGAGGUUCCGCCCUGGCGGCCAAUGACAUUGCGGCGCAGGCCAUGUACAACACCCACAUCUCCGCCGCCACCGCCUUCUCCACGUGGAUGGUUAUCGAUGCGGUCACCAAGCGCGCCGUGACUUUGGUCGGACCACUUUCGGGCGCCAUCGUGGGGCUGGUGGUCAUUACGCCCUGCAGCGGCUAUAUCCACUUCCAGAGCGCCCUCGCCAUCGGCUGCAUUGCAUCGUUGGUGGCCUGGCCCUUGGUGUACCUGAAGGCGCGCUAUAUGGCCGGCAGGUGGUUCAUGAAGUACGUCGACGACUCGCUCGACGUGUUCGUCUGCCACGGUGUGGGUGGCACGCUGGGCGCCUUCCUGCUCGGCUGGUUCGCCUCCAAGGAUGCCAACCCGCUUGGCGCCGACGGCGUCCUCUUCGGCGGCGGCGAGCUGCUCGGUUGGCAGAUUAUCGCUAUCCUGCUGACGAUCGCUAUCUCGGUCGUGAACACUGCUGCGAUCCUGCUCUUCAUCAGGUUCACGAUCGGCAUCCGAUACUCCCGUGCGGAGGAGGACAAGGGCGUCGACGUGGUCGCCCACAGACAGGUGGCCUACCGAUUCGAGGAUGACCAGAUCGACGAUGCCUUGGCCGAUGGAGAUGACGCGGACAAGUCCAUGCUGGACCGACUGGACGAGUGGAACAUCCUGAACCUUACUGUGGGUCAAUACAAUAAGAUGUUUGGCAAGAAGCAGGACACGCAGAAGGACACUGAAAUGAAGGAGGUCAACGGCGACGACGAUUGGGAGCGAAAGAAGGGCAAGGAGAACGACGAUGACAACGACGACAGAAGUCAGAUCGUGUUCGGUGGUCGGUUCGGCCAGGCUUCGUACGCCGUCAACAAGGAGGUCUAG